UCGCUGGGGGAACGUCAGGUCCCAGCUGCGGCGCGGGGCCGGAAGGGUUUGGGAUGCGCACCGAGGACAGACGGUCGAUAUAACGGGCCGCGUGGGAACGGGAGGCGGCUGGAGUCUUCCGCCGUGAGUAGUGACCUGACCCCGCUACAGGCACCGGCGCUCGGGGUUUCUUGCUCUCCUGGCACAGCCGGGCCCGGCCCUACCCUGCCACCCGCCCCUGGUCUGCGUCCCAGCGGUCUGCCGUCGGAGGUAAUAUGCAGCAAGAGGAAACAGCCUUCUAUAGCCCCAUCUUAGAUACUGACCAUGCACCUGUGGUGGAAUACCAUCAUCAUAUCUGGGAGAAGGAAAUCUACCUUGAAAACACAUUCAUUGUGGUAGCAUCACUAUUUGGUAUCCUGGGAAGAAAGUGAGUACAGCAUGAUUGCCUUUAGUGAUGUGUUUGUACUGGAGCAGUGCGGAUUAUGAACAUCUUAUACUAAACUUUGACAGACCUGCCUCUCCUUUCACAAGUUAUCUGAUAAUUUUAUUAAAACCAUGGUAAUCCUAUCAUCCCUGAAGAACUAUUUUCAGUUAUUUUAUGUCCUCAAGAUUUCAGCAGCUGGCUUCAAGUGUACAGCAAACAGAGGACUCAUUCUACAGUCUGUUUCUAGUGAUGUUUACCAGAAUUUGGCUGUGGAAGAUUGGAUUCAUGACAACAUGAAUUUAGAGAACAGACAGGUUCUUUUCCUUUGGAGAAAUUCUCCCACUGUGGUGAUUGGGAGACACCAGAAUCCCUGGCAGGAAUGUAACCUCAAGAUAAUGAGGAAGAAGAACAUAAAACUAGCUCGAAGGAGAAGUGGGGGAGGGACGGUUUACCAUGAUCUGGGCAAUAUCAAUUUUACUUUCUUCACAUCCAAGAAAAAAUAUGAGCGAAUGGAAAACUUAAAAUUGGUUGUUAGGGCUCUAAAAGGAUUGCAACCCCAGUUAGAUGUGUAUGCCACUGACAGAUUUGAUCUCUUGCUAGAUGGGAAUUUUAAAAUCUCAGGUACUGCUGCAAAGCUAGGAAAGACGGUUGCUUAUCAUCACUGCACUUUGCUAUGCAAUGCAGAUAGGUUUCUUUUAUCUGCUGUACUGAAGAGUCCUUACAAGGGGAUAAAAAGCAAUGCCACUCCUAGCAUGCCUGCUUUAGUGAAAAAUCUCUUUGAAGAGGAUCCUACGUUAACAUGUGAGAUGGUCAUGGAUGCUGUUGCUGCAGAAUAUGCAAGAUGCCAUCAAAUUGACCAUCAUAUUACCCUAAUAAACCCAGCCGAUGAGACAGUGUUUCCUGGAAUUAAUAAUAAAACCAAAGAACUACAAACCUGGGAAUGGAUAUAUGGCAAGACACCAAAAUUUAGUAUUAGCAGUUGCUUUAACAUAGUGUAUGAACAUAUUCUCCUUGAAGUUAAAGUGGAUAUUCAUGUAAAGCAUGGGAGAAUUGAAGUUUGUAACAUAGAUUUGCCAGAGCAGUGGCUGCCACCAGCAAUGUGCAAUGAACUAGAGAAAAACCUAAUUGGCAGUAAGUUUUGCCCCAGUGAAACCACAGUAUUAGCAAGUGCUCUGCUGAGAAUAUGGCCACAAAACUAUGAGUUGCACAGGAAGUGGAGUCUCUUAUGUGAGAAUGUGAUGACACUAAUGUGAUUUUCAUAAUGAAAGUGUAAGUCACAUCUCUGAUAUGGACUAGUGCAUGAUUUACUAAAAACGUAGAAUAAAAUGUUUAUUUUCAGUAUGUUGUGCAAGUUGAUUUUAUAGGAGUAAGUUACCACUGAAGUAACUUUCUCUUGAUUUAUCCACUAACGUUCUUGGAGUCUAGUGCUUUAGUUCAUGACUGAUUGUGUAACUACUAAUUAGACUGAUUAUAAAACUAAAUUUCAUAUCACCACUGUCAACAUGAAACUAUUUCUCAAUUACUGAAGCCUGAACAUGUACUUAGUCACCCAAAUACAUGAAGAUACUUCAGACUAGAUCUAUAUGCUAAGAGUUCACAUCUCAGAGGCAGUGACUUGCUGGAAAGCUAUAUUGGAUUUGGACAGAAUGAUAGUUUGUUUUAAAAAGACUGAAGCCACUAGACUAAUAUGAGGUGGUAUUUUGAUACGUUUGUUAACUUCUAAGAGUUUAAAGUUAAAUGUAUACAUGGAGUAUCCGCAUGAUCUACAUUUUAGGCUCUAAAUUAAAUUUUAUUCUAGACUUCCAUCUUAUGGUCUACAUGGUAAAGUUUGCAUGUUAACAUCAUGAAAAAAAUCAGUAUCAGUAAAUAAUGGGCCAUGCACCUGUGACCAGCUCAGACAUCAUGCAGGAGAACUGCAUUUUGAUUCCUGUGUCUUGCUCUCUGGGAUGGUUCUAGUCCUCAACUGGAAGGAUAAUGGCCACAAAGCAGGACCACACAUUUAGACAGUCUGAUCAAGUAUGACAUAUUCUGUUCAGUUAUCUUCCAUUUAUCGGUAUGUGGGCCCCUCAGUACAUGCACUGCCAUUAGUAUUCAAAUAAGUUAAUCACUGAAAUGGAGACUUUUGAAGGGUGUUAAAUUGUGGUGUGAUUGCCAAAUGGUAUUUCACAGAGGACUCUGCACAAAUAUUCACUGAUUUUACAGCUCUCCACCUUGUUUUAGAAGGAAACAAUUGGCCUUAAUUAUCUAGUUAACUAAGCUACAGUUUAACAUGGUUUCAGAGUAACAGCCGUGUUAGUCUGUAUUCACAAAAAGAAAAGGAGUACUUGUGGCACCUUAGAGACUAACCAAUUUAUUUGAGCAUAAGCUUUUGUGAGCUACAGCUCACUUCAUCGGAUGCAUACUGUGGAAAAUACAGAAGAUGUUCUUAUACAUACAAACCAUGAAAAAAUGGGUGUUUACCACUACAAAAGGUUUUCUCUCCCCCCACCCCACUCUCCUGCUGGUAAUAGCUUAUCUAAAGUGAUCACUCUCCUUACAAUGUGUAUGAUAAUCAAGGUGAGCCAUUUCCAGCGCAAAUCCAGGGUUUAACAAGAACAUCUGAGGAACCGGGGGAGGGGGGUGGAACAAGGGGAAAUAGGUUACCUUGCAUAAUGACUUAGCCACUCCCAGUCUCUAUUCAAGCCUAAGUUAAUUGUAUCCAAUUUGCAAAUGAAUUCCAAUUCAACAGUCUCUCGCUGGAGUCUGGUUUUGAAGUUUUUCUGUUGUAAUAUCGCAACUUUCAGGUGUAAUCACAUGACCAGAGAGAUUGAAGUGUUCUCAGACUGGUUUAUGAAUGUUCUAAUUCUUGACAUCUGAUUUGUGUCCAUUUAUUCUUUUACGUAGAGACUGUCCAGUUUGACCAAUGUACAUGGUGUUUUCCUUCAAUCCUAUUGUUUUUUCUUUAAAGUAUAAUACUAAAGACAGUUGCCUAACUUCUAUAUAUUUGGAUUUUCUGUGUUGGAUCAAAAACAUCUAAGUUUGUGAAGCGUGUAUAAUUUACAGAAACGUAACUAGUUUCCUAAGCACUUGUGAACUUUUAGCACUGCUAAUUCAUCAUAUUUGAUACAGUAGAACCUCAGAGUUUACGAACACCUUGGGAAUGGAGGUUGUUUGUAACUCCGAAAUGUUCGUAAUUCUGGACAACAUAUUAUGGUUUUUCUUUCAAAAGUUUAGAACUGUACCUUGGCUUAAUAUAGCUUUGAAACUUUACUAUGCAGAAGAAAAAUGCUGGUUUUAACUAUCUUAAUUUAAAUGAAACUAGCACAGAAACAGUUUCCUUACCUUGCAAUUUUUUUAACUUUCCCUUUUAGUUGUUUACAUUUAACACAGUACUGUACUGUAUUUGCUUUUUUGUUUUGUCGCUGCCCGAUUGUGUACUUCUGGUUCCAAAUGAGGUGUGUGGUUGACUAGUCAGUUUGGAACUCUGGUGUUCAUAACUCUGAGGUUCUACUGUACCUUGCUUUAAAGUGUUACCCCAUUUAGUUUAGAAAUUCUAUUAAUUCACACUGCAAGUAAUCAAAAAUAUAAAAAAAUAUAGUUUAUUCCAUAAAAAGUGUACACUACAUGUAAUUGAGAGAAAUUUAAAAGCAGGCAUUUAAAGGUUGUAAGAGCAGUAAUUAAAUAACGGAAAUAUUUGGUCAUGUUUUCUUUGUAUGUUUAGUAUGAAAGACAUCCACUGUUGUUUCAUGACAUGGUCUCAAAUCAAAGUCACAGUAUCCAAGGCAAAAACGACCCUGCAAAAAGGAACACAAUUUUAGAAUAAGCCAUGUUGUAGUUCAAAUUCAUUCAAAAGAAAAUACACACCUACCUGUGGUUUCUUAAAAUAAUCAAGCCCUCUUCCAAUCUUAAUCAUCCAUCCAUUGUUGAAUCUAUUUAAAAAAUUCCCAAUAUUAUUCCAUCUUCACAAGUUUACAAACUGUAGGUACAUUUAACAUAAUUAGGAAAAAAACCGUAAUAUCUACAAGUUAUGCAAAUUCCUCCCACCAUUUCAAUCAAAAUUUCUAGCUAGAGUAGAUGUCAACUGUAUAAUACAGCAAUGUCUUGUUUUAAAAACUAGAUCCCAGCGGUCCCAAAGUUGAACACAGUAUAAAACUAUGAAGAACCUACUUUAGUGGAUAAAGUAACUGCCUUCUGCUUUGAAUGACAUUUGUAACCAUGGUUAUAGAUAAUUUGUCAAGAUUAAAUAAUUUGGAAUUUA